AUGGAGGUUGACGCCGCAUCGGCGAGCGAGGGCUCCGAACGUUCGUUUCCGGGGCCCGACGCCCUCAGAGUCGAUCCGUCCGAGACAGGUUGCAGCGAGCAGGAGCGAUUCACGGCCGAACUGGAGUUCGUGCAGUGCCUGGGAAACCCACAGUACCUUCAGUGGCUGGCUAUGACAAAACGUCUGAGCGACCCCGCCAUGGUCGCGUAUCUUGACUACUUGCAGUACUGGCACAGGCCGGAGUACGCGCGCAUGCUGGUGUUUCCGCGGUGCUUGUGGUUCCUGAAGCAGCUCCAGGAAGGAACCUUCCGCGAGGCGCUGCGGAACCCCCACUUUGUCAACGAGCUCAACGGAGGCGUCAUGAACUCGUGGCUGUUCUACGGGCCGAACCGCGUCAAGGAGGAGAAAGAACGGGCAAGACAGGCCACGUGA